AUGGCAGAGACUUUCAUCCAUGCUAUAUCCCACGUAGAGACUUACAUCCACACAUUAUCCUAUGGCAGAGACUUACCUCCAUAUUGUAUCCCAUGGAGAGACUUACAUCCAUACUAUAGCCCAUGGAGAGACUUACAUCCCUACUGUAUCUCAUGGACAGAGACUUACAUCCAUACUGUAACCCAUGGAGAGAUUUACAUCAAUACUGUAUCUCAUGGAAAGACUUACAUCCAUAUUGUAUCCCAUGGAGAUACUUACAUCCAUACUCUAUCCCAUGGAGAGACUUACAUCCAUACUGUAUCUCAUGGAGAGACUUACAUCCAUACUGUAUCCCAUGGAGAGAUUUACAUCCAUACUGUAUCUCAUGGCAGAUACUUACAUCCAUAUUGCAUCCCAUGGAGAGACUUACAUCCAUAUUGUAUUCCAUGGCAGAAACUUACACCCAUACUCUAUCCCAUGCAGAGACUUACAUUCAUACUGUAUCUCAUGGAGAGACUUACAUCCAUACUAUGUCCCAUGGAGAGACUUACAUCCAUACUUUAUCUCAUGGACAGAGACUUACAACCAUACUGUAUCCCAUGGAGAGAUUUACAUCCAUAUUGUAUCCCAUGGAGAGACUUAUAUCCAUAUUGUAUCUCAUGGAGAGACUUAUAUCCAUAUUGUAUCCCAUGGAGAGACUUACAUCCAUACUUUAUCCUAUGGCAGAGACUUACCUCCAUAUUGUAUCCCAUGGAGAGACUUACAUCCAUACUGUAUCCCAUGGAGAGACUUACAUCCAUACUGAAUCCCAUGGCAGAGACAUACAUAAAUACUGUAUCUCAUGGAGAGACUUACAUCCAUACUUUAUCCCAUGGCAGAGACUUACCUCCAUAUUGUAUCCCAUGGAGAGACUUACAUCCAUACUGUAUCCAAUGGAGAGACUUACAUCCCUAUUGUAUCCAAUGGCAGAGACUUACAUCAAUACUGUAUUUCAUGGCAGAGACUUAUAUCCAUACUGUAUCCCAUGGAGAGACUUUAAUCCAUACAGUAUCCCAUGGAGAGACUUUAAUCCAUACUGUAUCUCAUGGAGAAACUUAUCCAUAUCGUAUGCCAUUCACAGAUACUUACAUCCAUACCAUAUCCCAAAGAGAGACUUACAUCCAUAUUGUAUCUUAUGGAGAUACUUACAUCCAUGCUGUAUCCCAUGAAGAGACUUACACCCAUACUGUAUCCCAUGGAUAG